CAGUGCAAUUUCUGAUACAGCCGAGAUUUGAACGCGCUCUACUGACAGCGAAUGCCACAACGAAUUUAUAAAUAAAUUUAUUUACUUUAAUACUAAAAAAUGGAGAUAUAAAAAAAAGUAUGAGAUUAAAAAAGAUUAGUUGCAGAAAUAAACUGAAAGCAUAAAAAAGAAAAAAUAAUGAAAUAAAAUAAUACUAAACAGCGUUAACACUCAACACAUGCAAAAGUGAAUGAUUUAACAUACAAACAAACUAAAUAAACUUCCUUAAAGUACUACAACAACACAUUAACGUUAAUAGCAGCUAAUUCUAUACAAAACAGUCCUUACAACUGCACAUUUAUGCCACCAUUGAGGGCUAUGCAACACAUACAAAAUGGAUUUAAUUACCCAUAAAGGAUUACGUUAACAUUAAAAAGGAUAAUUUAGCAGCACAUCAGCGGCCAGCAGACUCUGUGACAACAGCAGACGCCUAAAUACAGUUACGCAUGAUUUUAGUGGAUUUCGAGCAGUAUAUUCAAUGUGACAGCAACAACAACCAUCAGCUAACAACGCACAUAAAAUAAGUGGCUUAAAUAACAUUAUAAAGGGCUCUCGUGCAUGCGGGCGUGCGUGUGUAUGUGUGUGUGACGUGCUAACAAAACAGCAACCACAAUAACACGAAUUCGCAAUGGAUUUAUUAUUUCUAUUACAUUUACUCAUUCUACUCGUCAGUCAAAAUGUUGCUGUUCUCGGCCAAUUGGAGGGCAGUUGGCUAACCCUGGCACCCUCGACACCAUCUAUCACACAUUUUGUAAAUGAUUCCUUCAUUAUAUUCUGUAAAACAGUACAAAAGGAUGCGAAUGCGAAAUGGAAAGACCCUAAAGGGGUGCCCAAGGAAAAUACAAAAGGGCGUGUGCAUAUCGAAAAGAAAACUGGAUUUUUGGCGUUGGUCUUCGAGCACAUUGCGCUGACGGACAAGGGCAACUGGACGUGUGAGGCAACGCUGACUAACAACAACAAUAACAACGAAGCCACAUCAGCAGCAUCAACGCCGGAUGCUGGCAGCACCGCAACACUGGCCAGCGGUGAGGCGAGGAAGUCCUUUGAGCUGCUCGUAAAUCAGAAAAUCUCCUUUGACAAAACGGAGCUGGUGCAGUCGGCGGGUGAGGGUCGUGACGCCACGGUCAAGUGUUUUGUUAAAGGUGAUCCCCGUCCGGACGUGUCCUGGCUAUACAAUGGCGAAUAUAUAAACACCGUCAACUCAACCAAAUACAAAAAACUCUCCGAUGGACUCUUCAUCAAGAAUGUACAGCAAUCGGAUGCUGGUGAAUACACGUGUCGUGCGAUGCGAAUCACACCAACUUUUGCGGAUUCCGAACAAAUUACGAUUCUACUGAGGAUACAGCAUAAGCCCCAUUGGUUCGAUAAUGACACUUCAUUGGUGCAAUAUGCGUAUAUCGGCGGUAUGGUGAAUAUAUCAUGCGAUGCGAUGGGUGAGCCGCCACCUUCGUUCACCUGGGUGCAUGAGGGUCGUGCCAUUACCGGACGUAAUUAUCGCAUUUUCUAUGCCGAUUACGGUUCAACGCUACAGAUACAUGUCCGAAAUGAAUCACAACUCGGCGAUUAUAAGUGUAAAGUUGCCAAUCCGUUGGGCAUGCUGGAGCGCAUAGUUAAGCUGCGUAAGGGCCAGAAGCCGAGCGGACCGACACGUUUUCAAUUGCUGCGUGCAUUCACCGAUGGCUUCGACCUCGACAUCCGAUCGGUGAAGUAUUCGAAUGUUGAGGAUAAUAUGCAUACGUACGGCUAUCGUGUGCAAUAUAUGAGUGAGGGGGAUUUUAAGCAUAGCGCGGGCAAUUGGAGUUAUGCAAAGCAUAAGGAUUUUCACUUGCAACGAGGUGGACGCUUUGUGCUCGACGGCUUGGACCGCAACACCACGUAUUUGGUACGUGCUGCAACGCGCAAUCUAGCUGGUCUUAGCGAUUGGAGUACGGUGAAAAUUUUCGCAACACUAACAAAUUUCGCUCGACGAACCGUUACGAAUAUUAUCUGGCAAACAUGUUUAGUAGUUGGCUUAGGAUACUCACUUAGUGAAUAUGUCAAAUUUUGUGCGUACGUUUAAGUUCGAUGCAACAACACCGCUAACACAUACAUAUGCAUGAACACAUACAUACAUAUGUAGGUAAUAAUGUGUAUUUGUAUGUACGGUUUAACAUAUACAUACAUACAUACAUCCAUAUAUGUAUAGUAAGUCACUCUAACAAUUCAAGCCUUCCUCUCUCCUAUUUCCCUCUCCCAAAAUGCUUUACUUGUUCUUUAGCAAAUGAUUGGUAAAAUACAUAUGCAUACAUAUACAUAUGUGCUAAUAGGGCCUUUAGUGAGGUGAAAUCUCUGUUAAAAAGAUAUUUGAUACACACUACUACAUGCAUAGUUGUUGAAUGUUUACGAUUAUUGAAAUUGGUAUGAGUAUGUAUGCAGGUAUGUAUGUAGUUAAUUCUGUUAUAUUUUUAUGUACCUGAUUUGUUUUGAAUACGCUGCAUACAUAUGUACUUACAUAUAAUGCGUUGUAGUGGACACUGAUUAUAUUUACUAUACAUUUUAUGGAAGUGUUUACAAACAGACAUUUUAAAAAGUUACACUGCUUUCAGAUUCUGUGAUAGAUUUAGCAAAUUUAUUUUUUCUUACCAAUUUUCGAUUUGUUGUUUUUUGUCAAUCCCGAAAUUUCGGGUUUAUGAAAUAUUAAUUUCGGGAUUCCGAUUUUUUAUUUUUGCGAGAUUUAAAGGGUUUUUAAAUUUUAAAAAUUAAAUAUAAUUUUAACCCCGGAAUUUCGGGACUGUUAUCACUUGUCGUCAAACUGACUUUUUUGAAAGUUUUGAGAUUCAAAUAUUUUAUACUUGUACAUUUACGUGAUUUUUAUUAAUAACAAUAAAUAGUAUUCUAUUCAGAUUUCGGGAUUUUGAAAUAUUUCUUUCGGGAUCCCGAUUUUUUCUUUGCGAAGUUUGCGGAUUUUUUAAAUUUAAUUAAUUUAUUAUUUAUAUAGUAAAGGUAAUUUUAAUACCAAAAUUUCGGGACUAUUAACAUUUUUUCAACAAACUCUUUAUUUCUUUUGCGAAUGUUUUGAGUUUAAAAUAUUUCAUAAUUGUACAUUUCAAUGAUUUUUACUCAUAAUAAUAAGGUGUAUUCUAAUCUCAAUAUUUCGGGAUUAUGAAAUACUACUUUCGGGAUCCCGAUCUUUUUCUUUCACAAAGGUUUACGGACUGGACAAAUAUUUCAAACCCGAAAUUCCGGGAUUUUUAAAUUUUAGUUUCGGUAUAUCAAUUAUUUUCUUUUAUGUAUUUAAGGACUAGAAUUUUUAACUUUUAAAUUUUAUUGAUUUUUUAUAAUGAUGUUAAAAAUAUUUUAAUCCCGAAAUUUCGGGAUUGAACAUAAAAUUAUUAUCAAAACAAAAAGUUUUUAUACUAUAGUUAGAUUCCUGUAGUAACUAGGCUAUGCUUAUGAUGUUGCAAAAUGGGCGCAACAUUAAUUUCAUAUGCAACCCUGCAAGCCGGCAUUAAAACUCUUGGUAUCUUCACGAAAAUUUAUUUCACCUUUUUUCCUUCCAAAAUUUAAUUAUUAUUAUAUUAUAUAUCUUUUUUUAUUCAUUAUCAACACUUUUUCCAAUAAAAAUCAUUGACGAGUAUUCCACAUCGUUUUUGUACUUUUUUAAAAGAAAUUCUUCAAGAAUUUCACAUCUGUGUCGUAAAAUGGAAACAAAGAAAUAUAAUAGAGAACUUGAAAGAUUUUACUAAAUAAGUGCAUAAGUCCAAAUUGAAUGUACACACACAAAACUGAACUAAAUGAAGUAUGAUUAUCGUGAAUUUAAACAGAAACGAUUAUUGUAGCUUAAAUAUUUAAUAUUAUAAAACAAAAACAAAUAAAAACUAGUUAAUAAAAAAUAAACAAAUGCGCAAAACAAAAACAACUAAAUAAAACGAAAUAUAAUUCCAAUGAA